CGGCCCGGCCCGAACAUGCUGGACGGCCUGAAGAUGGAGGAGAACUUCCAAAGCGCCAUCGAGACUUCGGCGUCCUUUUCCUCGCUGCUGGGCAGAGCGGUGAGCCCCAAGUCUGUCUGCGAGGGCUGUCAAAGGGUCAUCUCGGACAGGUUUCUGCUGCGGCUCAACGACAGCUUCUGGCACGAGCAGUGUGUGCAGUGCGCCUCCUGCAAGGAGCCCCUGGAGACCACCUGCUUCUACCGGGACAAGAAACUCUACUGCAAGUAUGACUACGAGAAGUUGUUUGCUGUCAAAUGUGGGGGCUGCUUCGAGGCCAUUGCACCCAACGAGUUCGUCAUGCGGGCCCAGAAGAGCGUGUAUCACCUGAGCUGCUUCUGCUGCUGUGUCUGUGAGCGGCAGCUCCAAAAGGGCGACGAGUUUGUCCUGAAGGAGGGGCAGCUCCUCUGCAAAGGGGACUAUGAGAAGGAGCGGGAGCUACUGAGCUUAGUGAGCCCGGCGGCAUCAGACUCAGGCAAAAGUGAUGAUGAAGAAAGUCUUUGCAAGUCAGCCCAGGGCACAGGGAAAGGAGCUGCUGAAGAUGGCAAGGACCACAAGCGCCCCAAACGUCCGAGAACCAUACUGACAACCCAACAGAGGAGAGCGUUCAAAGCCUCGUUCGAAGUGUCCUCCAAGCCGUGCAGAAAGGUGAGGGAGACCCUGGCCGCGGAGACAGGGCUGAGCGUCCGUGUGGUCCAGGUGUGGUUCCAGAACCAGAGAGCGAAGAUGAAGAAGCUGGCCCGGCGGCAGCAGCAGCAGCAACAGGACCAGCAGAACACCCAGAGGCUGAGUUCCGCUCAAACAAAUAGCGGUGGGAAUGCUGGGAUGGAAGGGAUCAUGAACCCCUACACGGCUCUGCCUACCCCACAGCAGCUCCUGGCCAUUGAGCAGACUGUCUACAACUCAGACCCCUUCCGACAGGGUCUCACCCCGCCUCAGAUGCCAGGAGACCAUAUGCACCCAUACGGUGCUGAGCCCCUUUUUCAUGACCUGGAUAGUGACGACACCUCCCUCAGUAACCUGGGUGACUGUUUCCUGGCAACCUCAGAAGCCGGGCCCCUGCAGUCCAGAGUGGGAAACCCCAUCGACCACCUGUACUCUAUGCAGAAUUCUUACUUUACCUCUUGAGUCUUCCCCUCAAGUUCUGUGGCUGGGCCCCCACAUGGAACAACCCUGUUAUGGGAAGGGUUGGCCGGCUCUAGGAUGGGAAGGCCAGGAAAGAGGUGGGGUGGGGAGGGAGUUUUGUCGGGGAUGCUGUUAUAUGAUGAUCUGAUGUAGCUCGGCAUUUCCAAAGACUGAAUAUACAAUGAUCACGUAGCUUCAUGUUUCCAGUAAGAGUCUUAGCUUAGGUAUGAAGAUGUGUUUAUCAUUAAGGACAGGGACUUUUAAUAUAGACAUUCUCAUGCAAACUAGGUACCUAGAGACUCCUAACAACUUCCCACCAUUUUGGGGAAGCUCUUGUCAAGAGGUGUGUAUGUCUACCCAUCCAUAUACCCAUAGACAGACAGACGGACAGAUAGACAUGUGUGUGAGUAUGUAACCUUCUGUAUGUUCUCAUCAAAGUUUAUUCCUAAUUAUAACAGACACCAACUGUACAGCAAAAGUAACUAUUUUCCGUGUGAACUAUAUUUAAGGAAAUGCUUGAUGCACUUAAGUUAUAAAAUGAGAUAAUUUACUUUUAUAAACUUUAUUUUUAGUUCGAAGAGACUGGUCAGCAGGGCAGAGAGGGCCGCUCUUUAUCUGGGCCUGUACCUUUGAGUGCUCAACUUAAUUCUGUUUUCAAGAGCAUCACGGGGUCUGGAAAGCGGCUCACGUGGCUGGCCAUAUUCUCUCACGGAGUCUUGCUCUCUUUGGGGCUGAAUCACAGAGCUCGGGUGAGACAGAAAAAUCCUCCAUCAUGUUCUUAAAAAAUGUAAAGCCGAGACUCUUCUUUAGAUUUCUGUUAAAUUCUGACACAUAACGUGGGCAGCAGUAGGAAGGUCAGUUCUGCUCUUGAACUUCAGCACCUGUGGGUGUGGGAUGAGACAGACAGUAUGCACCUACCUCACUGGGGGACCCUGAGGCUUAAUUCACCCCCAGGACACAUGAGCAGGGCCGAAACCAGUGUCCCAUAUUUGUUUAAGAUGCCAGACCGGUCUCACUUGGCAAAAGAAGCUACCUGAGGCUGCCCGUACCCUGAACCCCGAGGGUAACUCUCCCUGCUGUGGUCGCUUCUGCAAAAUCUCAGCGGGAGACACCAGCUCAGGGCAGCUCAGGGGGAUGCUGGAGGCCUUCCACGGGAGGAGGCUAUUGCUGAGCAGAUGGAGGAGGGCAUCGUGGUGUCCUAGAGUGGGGGCAUUGGCAGACUGUGGCCUGCCAGCUAAGAAUGGCUUUUACGUUUUUAAAGGAUUGUUUAAAAAAGAAAGAAAAAUAUGACAGAGUGUAUGUGGCCCAGAAAGCCUGAAAUAUUCACUACCUAUGCUGUCUGACUCUUUUCAUAAAAUGUUUGCUGGCCUCUGGUCUAGAGAGUCUCUUUCUUAAACAGCCUCCUGGAACUCUUAGAGGCAGCGGGGGGUCCAGGUGGGAACCCAGGGUUCCUCCCUCUGUCUCGCCUUUCAGACUCAGCACAGAAAACCCAGUUGCCGCUGUCUACAGGGACACUUCACACCCUGAUCUCCAAGCACGGUGCUAGGGGCAGCUGCUUCUGUGCCGGGGUGCCUCCGAGGAAGCAGACGAGAAGAUGGGGAAGACGGGGGAGGGGGGGUCAGCCCGGACUCCUCUGAGAGCAGUGGUUCAGGCUUGGCCUUGCUCCUGACGGUGUCCUGGGCCUUAAGAACCUUGGAUACAGAGACUUGUCCCCUUCACUCCCUGCGAAGCCAGAAGGAACACACUCCCUUCCGGUAGAGUCUAUGUUGUGUGAUUUCUUUUGUGCUCUUGUUUAUAAUUUAUGCAAACCACCAAGAAACCCAAACCAGUCUGGCGGGCAGGAGUCCCGCCAAUGCUGUAUGACGCCGCGGCCUUCUGUAGAGACCCGUCGGAGAAUGUAGCAGAUACUAUGUGAGUGAGACAAAUAGAAAUCCGCCCUCCACUCGUCCUGGCAUACCAAGAUGAAAUUAAAAACCUCUUACAAAUGA